AUGUUCCUCUUCUCCCGGAAGACCAAGACUCCCAUCAGUACCUAUAGUGACUCCUAUAGGGCUCCUACCUCCAUCAAGGAAGUCUAUAAGGACCCACCUCUGUGGGCCUGGGAGGCCAACAAGUAUGUGACACGGGGUCUGACUCAGACCAUGGAGCGCCACGUGGAUCCUGAAGCCUUACAGAAGAUGGUCAAAUGUGCCACACAGGACUACACCUAUAAGGGUUCCAUUCCAGGCCACCCCUACUUGCCUGAGAAGUACUGGCUCUCUCAAGAGGAAGACAAAUGCAGUCCGAACUACCUGGGCAAUGACCAGUACACAUGGAAGACUGGACCUUACAACACCUGUUUUAACAAGUAUACCACCUGCCUUCCCCAGCUGCCUAAGGAGGCUGGGAUGGAAACAGCAGUACGAGGAAUGCCCUUGGAGUGCCCUCCUAAGCCGGAGCGGCUCAAUGCUUAUGAGCGUGAGGUAGUGGCGAAUAUGCUGAACUCACUGUCACGGAACCAGCCGCUGCCGCAGAUCACUCCCAGAUGCGGGUGCGUGGACCCGCUGCCCGGCCGCCUGCCCUUCCAUGGUUACGAAAGCUCCUGCUCCGGCCGCCACUACUGUCUGCGCGGGAUGGACUACUGCGUCUCCGGAGCGCCCUGCACCGACCGCCGCCUGCGGCCUUUGUGCCGAGAACAGCCGACUGUAAGCGGUGUAUCGCCCUACGAGCACCGGCCCGGAAUACUAUGUGCUGUUACAACUCACCCGCCAUCAUACUACCCAUAUCCGAACCUUAGAUGGGACACAAGUCACUUCAAGAAGUCCGGAGGUACCCAGAGAAACAACUAUGUCAUCCAUCCUGAGUUUGUUUCUGAGUCCUAUCCUGACUACCACUGCUAUUAAAGCCUGGGCUGGUAGAGCCCAGGCUUUCUGGGCCAAGGGGGAGGGGCAAUAAACAAACUCUUCACCCCCAAA